AUGGAAUGUCGUGAUCGGAGAAAGAGAAAUAUGGGAAGAAUGGCGGCCGGUGAAGGCGACGGGAAAAAUGAAGGUUACGGCAGGGAGGGUUGUGUCGGGGGCGAUGUCGAGAGGAAGAUGAAGAUAUCUCAAGCCCUUCGGGAGGUACCACCUCAAACUAGUAAUCAGACAUUCAAUGCACGCCUAUGGCUAAGACUGGGCACAACCAUUCCAAUUAGCUACUACACUCAAGCACCUAGGGUCAAGCCAUCAGAGAUCCGUCAUGGAUUACAUGCAGUGAAUCGUGCUGUUAAUACUAUAGCUGAGUACCUUACAACUCAACCACAACAACCAGUGGUUGGCUCUACUUUAGCACCAGCUCAGGAUAGGGCUCGAUUCCUUGACUCUACAGAUUUUCUCAAGCUAAGACCAAAGGAGUUCACUGGAGAGGAUGCAUUAGCUGAUCCCUUAGAUUUUCUAGAUGACAUGGAGAGGUGUUAUGACACUAUGGGUUGCAGUAGUGCUAGGAUGGUGAUGUUGGCAGGAAAUCAGCUUAAGGGAGUUGCUCGUGAGUGGUAUAUCUCUAAGAAGAAUGAGAGACCUGAAGGUUCUAUCCUCUGGCCUGAAUUUCACUCUCUCUUCUUGGAGCGAUUUCUCCCUCCUAGUGUUCAAGAGGCUAAGGCCUUGGAGUUUGAAACCUUGAAGCAAGGUAAAAUGACAGUUACAGAGUAUGAGAUGAAGUUUACCAAA